CAGUCGUGUGUGGUGUUUUGGGCAUGCACGUGGUACUCACACAGUGGCUUCUGCUCACCGACAGAUGAAGACAGAUGCACCAAAGAGGCUGAUUGGAACCGCCCUGUAGAGGUCCCUCUGCGUUCAGACCCAGAUGAUGCCAGAGCUAUGACCGGGCCUGCAGGCGUGGCGCCGAGGGGAGAUCAGCCAUGGAGCAGCCACAGGAGGAGGCCCCUGAGGUCCGGGAAGAGGAGGAGAAAGAGGAAGUGGCAGAGGCAGAAGGAGCCCCAGAGCUCAAUGGGGGACCAGAGCAUACACUUCCUUCCAGCAGCUACACAGACCUCUCCCAGAGCUCACCACCCUCGCUGCUGGACCAGCUGCAGAUGGGCUGUGACGGGGCCUCGUGUGGCAGCCUCAACAUGGAGUGCCGGGUGUGCGGGGACAAGGCCUCAGGCUUCCACUAUGGUGUUCAUGCGUGUGAGGGGUGCAAGGGCUUCUUCCGGCGGACGAUCCGCAUGAAGCUGGAGUACGAGAAGUGUGAGCGGAGCUGCAAGAUCCAGAAGAAGAACCGCAACAAGUGCCAGUACUGCCGCUUCCAGAAAUGCCUGGCACUGGGCAUGUCACACAAUGCCAUCCGCUUUGGCCGGAUGCCAGAGGCAGAGAAGAGGAAGCUGGUGGCGGGGCUGACGGCAAACGAGGGGAGCCAGCACAACCCCCAGGUGGCUGACCUGAAGGCCUUCUCCAAGCACAUCUACAACGCCUACCUGAAAAACUUCAACAUGACCAAAAAGAAGGCCCGCAGCAUCCUCACUGGCAAAGCCAGCCACACGGCGCCCUUUGUGAUCCACGACAUCGAGACAUUGUGGCAGGCAGAGAAGGGCCUUGUGUGGAAGCAGCUGGUGAACGGCCCGCCACCCUACAAGGAGAUCAGCGUGCACGUCUUCUACCGCUGCCAGUGCACCACGGUGGAGACCGUGCGGGAGCUCACCGAGUUCGCCAAGAGCAUCCCCAGCUUCAGCAGCCUCUUCCUCAACGACCAGGUGACCCUUCUCAAGUACGGCGUGCAUGAGGCCAUCUUCGCCAUGCUGGCCUCCAUUGUCAACAAGGAUGGGCUGCUGGUGGCCAACGGCAGUGGCUUUGUCACUCGUGAGUUCCUGCGAAGCCUCCGCAAGCCCUUCAGUGACAUUAUUGAGCCCAAGUUCGAGUUUGCCGUGAAGUUCAAUGCCCUGGAACUUGAUGACAGUGACCUGGCCCUGUUCAUCGCAGCCAUCAUCCUGUGCGGAGACCGGCCAGGCCUCAUGAACGUGCCACAGGUAGAGGCCAUCCAGGACACCAUCCUGCGAGCCCUUGAGUUCCACCUGCAGGCCAACCACCCCGACGCCCAGUACCUCUUCCCCAAGCUGCUGCAGAAGAUGGCCGACCUGCGGCAGCUGGUCACCGAGCACGCCCAGAUGAUGCAGCGCAUCAAGAAGACCGAGACGGAGACCUUGCUGCACCCCCUGCUCCAGGAGAUCUACAAGGACAUGUACUGAGGGGCGGCGCCCGGGCCUCCCUGCAGGCUCCAGUGGGGCCAGCGUGGAGGGGCCGCAUGUGACUUUUCUGUUGACCAGCCCACGAGCACACGGCCUGGCCUGGGGCAGCGGAACCACGGCCUCUGGCUCCCUGUGCUCCUUCUCCCUCUCCCUUCCUCACCCAACUCUUCUGUCUUCGUGGUCUCUCUCUCAGUUCCUCUUUCUCGUCUAAUUUCCCUUGUUCUUUUUCUUCCUUUCUCUUCAGGUUUCCCUCUUCCUUCCUCCCUUGCCCUCCCUUUCUCAGUCCCCACUCCCAUGUCUGUCCCUCUUU